AUGGAAGGAGUAAGGGACUCCUGGGCGGCGGCAGAGAUGCUUCAGUUGACUGGCGAGGACAAGAUCAUGGGACGCUUCGACACGGUCAUCGGUUUCAUGGUCAUUGCCAACGCUUUUUCCAUGGCAAUCAACCUGGAGUGUGUGGGAGCCCAGUCGGCAAGCACUUUGGGGAUGACAGGUGGCCUCGCCAUUUGCGAGACAACUCCCGUCCUCGAGUUUCUCGAGCAUUUUUUCGCUAUGGUUUUCGGCCUCGAGCUCGUCUACCGCCUUUACCGGAUUCGCUGCGCUUACUUUCGUGAGCCUUGGAAUUGGCUGGACUUCACCCUCGUGAUGAUUGCAGUCUUCGACCUCUACGUUAUGGAUGCACUUCUUGCAGACACACCUGCGCACAACGCAACGACCCUCCGCGUUUUCCGUGUGGUGAAGCUCGCGCGUGUGUUGCGAAUUGCACGAGCUCUCCAUCUUUUUCGAGGUCUCCGUGUCCUCGUAAAGGCUUGCAGCUCGUUCUUGCCAUCCCUGAGCUGGUCGAUGGCUUUGCUCGGGCUUUGCAUGCUUUCCUCCGGUUUGCUGAUCGGAAACUUGCUCCAAGACUACAUAACUGACGAGUCUCAGGAUAUCGAAGGAAGGGAAUGGAUUUGGCUCCACUAUGGAACUUCUUUCCGAGCGAUUUACACCAUGUACGAGAUCACCUUUGCAGGGAAUUGGGGUAUCUAUGCCAGACCCGUCUUGGAGCACGUCAGCCACUUCUACUGUAUUUUCUUUAUCAUCUACAUCACUUUCGUGGUCUUCGCCGUCAUUCGCGUGAUCACCGCCAUCUUCCUCCGCGAGACCCUAGAGGCCGCUAACAACGACGCAGAGCUCAUGGUCCAAGAAGGUCUGCGAAGAAAGGCCACCUACAUUCACAAACUCGAAUCCAUCUUCAAUGCGAUUGAUGAGAGUCAGGACGGCUUGAUUGACGAGGACGAGCUGAAUGAGCUUUUCAUGGAUUCGCGGGUGACUACCUACCUAGAGACCCUCGAGAUCGACGUGAUGCAGUCCUCUGCAUUGUUCCACUUGCUUGCCAACAGUGAUGGACAAAUUACGUGUGCCGACUUCAUCGACGGCAUUUUGAGAUGCAAGGGCCCGGCACGAGCCAUCGAUCAGAUCAUGAUGGAGAAGAAUGUGAGACGCCUCGAGGAGCAGAUCAAAAUUUUGAUGGGUGCUCUCGAGACGGCGGAGAUCAUCGCCAGGAGGCCGAGCCGACCAUCGCAGAACAGGCCAGCAAGGAGAAUGAUCGACGAUCAGAUUACGCUCUUGGCCACGGCCAAGGUGACUGACGUUCAAAGAUUCGCCUGA